AUGACAAACAUUCAGCUGGUUUACAACUGGUACGCUGCCCUUGUUGCAGCCGGAUGCAUGGUCCUCAUGGGAUAUGAUGCCUCUGUUUUCAACUCUAUUCAAUCUUCUUCCAACUGGAAGGCCCACUUCGGCCAUCCUAAUCCGAAUAUGAUUGGUCUCAUCAACACAACCUAG